AUGUGGACGAGACGUCGCAAAGCAUUACCGCAUGACUACUGGCCAGAUCCAGGGCCGAUAUAUUGUUGGCUUUGCGGUGAAACUUUAGAGCUUGUAGAUGCGUGGGCAAAAGCGACGCCACCUCCAUUCAUUUGUGACAGACCCGAAUGGGAGGAAAGUUGGCGGAAAUCGAGGGAAAAUCCAAGGGCGCGAAAGCACAAGUUCUCUCUUUACAUGAGAGCCUCUGAUAUCAAUUUCCAGUUCCGUGAGCCCUUGACAUGGCUCGGAUUAUUUCGGAUCAGCGCAGUUGUUUUGAGCAAGGAGGACAACAAGUAUCUCCCCCGUGGAUAUCACCUCUCAGGAAUUGGAUACAUGCCAGGUGCACGGAUUCCGGGGGAUUAUGUUCUUGCAGGCCGAGAUCCAGGCACUGCGUGUCUUGGAGCUGGGAGGCAGAAUUCGGAAACGCUUUUUGGGGCAGUUAGGGAAUACCUGUACAUCCAACUCGCCGUUCCCUUCAUUAUGCUCAUUCGCAAUGUUCAAUCGCGGCGACUGCAGCCCUUCCGGGACCUUCUGGAGCUUCUCAAUCUCUUCCUCCUUUUCCGAAUUAACGUUACUCAAGUCCUGGAACCCCAGCUCCUGCGGUAG